AUGAGCCAAUUCGAGCUGAUUGAGCGACUGAUCGAGGCGAAUGGUGGGCAGAAAUAUUGGGAGAGCAUUCAGUCCAUCGCUGUGGACUUUUAUUUCUCUGGCCCAGCGCUUGAGGGUAGAGGAUUUCCGGGGAUCCAUGAAGUUAGUCUCACGAUCGACACAAAGCAGAGCAAAGUCGUCUUUCACAAGUUCGGGAAUAUUCGUGGCGUUUACACACCCUCGAGGACAGAAGUAGGCCCGCUUGAUUCUCAAGAACCGUUGAGUAUCAGGGACAACCCACGAGACGGGUUUCGUGGCUACUCUCAGACAACACCAUGGGAUGAGCAUAAUCUGAUCUACUUCGUCGGCUACGCAUUCCAGUACUAUUUGGCGAUGCCUUUCUGCUUUCGGAUGCCUGGAUUCAAAACUAGAGAGCUGGAGACCCAUGAGCGACCGAACGGAGAACGAUGGAGAGUCCUCAAUGUCGAGUUUCCAGACGAUUUCAUAACACAUUCGAAGAGUCAGAAUUUAUUCUUCGACCAGGGAUAUCGAUUGCGGCGGAUGGAGUACAAUGUCGAAAUCAUCAAUUCUCCAUCAGCAGCUCACCUGUGCUUCGAUCAUAAAUCAUUCGGCAAACUUAUUGUGCCGACUUUUCGUUAUGUGGGGAUGAGGGACGCCGGUGUCUCGCAUAUGUGUGCAUUUGUGAUACAGAUGAAGGAUGUCCAAGUGAAACUGAAAGGCGAGAUCGGGGGCGGUUCAACUUUGUAA